AUGGACUUUCUUGAUGACGAUGAUGAAGCUAAGGAUCGAAGCCAAGGCGAAGUUGACGUGUCGGAUUUAAGGAGAUUAAGUAAAUUGACUGAAUUGGCACGGUUGAAAGAUGUUGAUUCUUCGGAUGAGAGCGAGAAGGAAACCAGUAUUAAAGAUGAAGUGGAUGAGGGUAAUCAAGAAGAAGAAACUCAAGACGAAAAUUCAAACUCCAAUAACAUUGAACGCAAGAGAGAGUUGGAGGACGAAGAAACCUCGAAUAAUAACAAAAAGUCAAAGGUGGAAAAAGCUACCGGCAAAAAGGACAGGAAACAACAAGCCCUUGAACUCAAUGAUGAAACUGAAGAUGGAAAGAUUAAAGACGAGCCUACAAUUACUAACGAAAUUGUCAUUCCAGACGAUGAACAGGUGCUGGUUGAUGCAGUAAUAGAAAACGAUGACAUUACCAGCAACGCUGAUGCUGGAGAUGAGGCUAAUGAAGCAGAGGAUGAAGAUGAUGAAGCCAGCUCUAAAAAUGAAGACAAUCAAGAGGAUGAAACACUGCAUAAAGAAGGAGAUGAUGAGCUUGAAGCCGAUGAAGCUGACGACGACGAUGAUGAUGAUGAUAAUAACAAUUCUAACACCAAUGAGCAGGAACAACUCGAGGAUCAGGUUGACUUGAAUGAACAACGCAAGCUAGCCAUAGAAGAGUUAAUAUCUAUCGAAUCUCGCUUUGCUGAAUUACGAGAUAAACUAUACCAAGAUAAACUCAAUUUACUUGAACGAGAAUUAACUUUAUGUCUUGAAGGAUCCCAUCCGGAAUUGUCCAAGGUUUACUAUAAAAUCAAUGGCUUUUAUCAAGAUAGCUUAAAGUUGGCAAACUCAAACUUAGCUUAUAAAUUGAAAUGCAUUGAUAAAGAAACCAUCGCUACCCGAACAUCAAUCCACCAAAACUUCCUAAAGAAUUUAAUGGAUACUAAGAACCAAAUGAUAACCGACACAACCUCCUUAUGGUACAAGAUCAACAAAGAACGAAAUCAACUUGAUCAGUUAGUUCCUGCAUUCAAUUUCGCUGCUAUGCCAGAUGUAUCACAAGCAUCAGCACCUAUAGAGUAUGAUGGUGGCAGUGGCAGCUUCGUGGCGGCCAAUGCGGCCCAAUAUAAUGGCAGUGUAUAUCAUGAUGAGGCUCUCAUCCCUAUUUCCAAACGGGCAGUUAAACAAAACACAUUAGUUGAAUUGGUUCACCAGAGGAACAGCAUUAAUGAACAAUUAGGGGUAUUAAAUGGUUUAAUUCAAUUCCAUGGAUUUCCUGUGGCUGUUAAUUCAACAUUAUCUGAACAAGAGAGCAACCCCAAGACAUAUCCCGAGGAGUUGUUGUUGAAACGAGCUACUGACAACGAGAUUAAUGAUGAUUUGAAAGCAAUGGGGAUUUCUACAUAG